AUGGCUGAAAUGCGUAUCAAAAACUUGGAAUUACUUAAACGUCAUCAGGAAAUUGAAGAAGACCGACAACUUGCUCAACGAUCAGGUGCAACAACAACAGUAACUAAAAUUGAAUCUAAAGACACAACAUCAAUGGCAACACCUAUGCGAGGUGAAACAAAAAACCGUGGACGAAAUACAGCAAAUCAACAAAAUUUUCAAAAAAAUCCACAUGAACCAAUGCAUCGAGCACCACUACGACGAAAAUUUGAAAAUGAUCGUAUUGAUGUUCAACCUCAACGUGCUCAACGAGUUGAUUACAAUCGUUUAAAACGUGAACGAGCACAAGAACUUGCUAAUCAACAACAACAACAACAUAAUAAUAAUAAUAAUAAUAAUAAUAAUAAUAAUAAUAAUAAUUCCAUCAGUCAUGAAUUACUUGAAUAUGCAUAUCCAUCUCGGCAUCGAACAGAAGAUAAUCAUGAUGCCGACGAACCGGCUCACGCAAAAAAAAUUGUCAUUGUAAACAAUCAAGGUAGAAUCAACAGGCAACGCCCGACAUCUACACGUGUCGGUAGUGGACGUUUGAAUCAGCAACAACAACAACAACGAACUCAAGACCAAGAACAACGCCGACGAGACGAACGAAUGCGCCGAUCUGGAAUACAUAAUAAUGGUCAUUCAGGAGAAACUUCUGAAUUUCAUCUAGAUUUACCACAAAUGCCAAUUUGGCAAAGUGGUUCUCUACCACCUCCAAUUCAUGUACAACUUUUACCAACAAAUAUCAAUGGUCAUCAUACAGGUAUUGAUCAUUUUAUGAAUAAUGGUGGAGAUCAACUAGAUCAAUCUGCUUAUCCUCAUAAUUUUGUUUAUCCAUCACCAGCUCAAUCAUCAUCAUUCAAUGGAAAUGGUACAGUUUACUUUGCUCAUCCAUCUUCACCUAUGUCUACUGGUCCUCCUUCUUCACAACCAUCACAACCACAUUUUCAUCAAUAUUAUCCAACACGUACAUUUGAAAAUUCCAAUCGUCAUCAAUUUCAUCAUCCAUCUCAUUUUCAAUCAUCGUCCAUUUUUCAACCACCACUACCACCUCAUCCUUUUCCCCCUCCUCCUCCACCAACACAAUUAUCAACUCCAUCAACUUCAAGCUCUUAUGUUCAUCAACAACAAGAAGAUCUAUCCGUUGAUUUACCACCACGAUUUCGUCGUUUAAAAAAUUCGGAUCAAGAUAAUAAAUAUUCUAAACAAAGACCAAUUUCUGGUGAUUUCGAACGUUUAUAUAAUUCCUCUUUAAUGUCUAAUGAUAAUCGUUUUCAAUCACGUCCACAAUCAUUUUAUGAUUUUUCAUCUCAACAACAACCAAAUACAAGUUUUUUUCGUCCAUCAAACACUAAUAAUAAUAAUAAUAAUAAUAAUAAUAAUACUCGUUAUCAAAGAAAUAAUAAUAAUAAUAACAAUAAUAACAAUAACAAUAGUAGCCUACCACUUGCUGCAUAUAUGAAUACAAACGAAUCAUCCUAUCGAAAUGAAAAUAUGAAUAAUAAUAAUAAUUAUUGGGGAACUUCAUAUCAAAGACGACGAUCAACAAAACAACGAACAUAUUACCAUGAUAAACAUCAAUUUCCAUUAUCAUCAUAUGAUCCUCGUCAAUAUGGUUUCAAUAAUAAUUAUCAACGACGAAAUGAUUUUAAUAAUCGAUCAAAUUCAAAUCGACAUAAUAUAAAUAAUAAUGAAAUAAAUGAUUCAAAUGAUAUUAAUGUUAUUGAAGAAUGGUGGGAAGAUGAUAAUCCAGAAUUAAUAGGAACAAAUCAAUUAACAGUUAAAACUGAUUCUCAACCAACAAAAACAACAACAACAACAGUAGAUGAUAGUGGAAAUAGUUCAUUAUCAACAAGUAUACAUUUAAAAGAAUCAACAUUAGAUGAUGAAGAAAACAAUAUAUCAACUCAUGAUGUUAUUAGUCCACCAUCAGAUGUAUCAACAACAGACAGUCAUAUUAUAGAAUCACUUGAUCAACUUCAACAACAAUUGAAAUUAGAAGAAGCCGUAGAAAAACAAUUAGCAUCAGAAAAUGAUGAUAUCAAUAGUGAAUUAUUAUCAUUAAAUAAAGAACAGACGACAUAUGAAACAGCUCAUUUUUUGGAAUGGGCAAAAGAAAAAUUUAGAGAGGAAUUAGCAGUUCGACUUACAGCUCAGCAAAUUGAACAACAUGAUGCUGUAACAACUGAUGAAGAUGAUGAUGAUGAUGAUAUUGUUGGAACUACGAAUCUUAAUAUAGAAAAAUUUCGUAUUGAUCACACAACUGAUGAAGAUAUUGAUAAUCAUAUGGAUAAUAUAGAAGAACUCGAGGACGAUCUUCAUCAAAAAUUAACAAUUGAAGAAAAUACGAUGAAAUCAGUCGUUGUUGAAUGA